AUGCUUCUUACUAUGGAUGAUGGCCGACAAGUCGUAGCUAAGGUGCCGAGUCCAAAUGCUGGGAGAUCGCAUUUCACUACUGCUAGUGAGGUUGCUACGAUGGAUUUUGUUCGGAAAACACUGGGAACUCCCGUCCCCAAAGUCCUAGCAUGGAGUUCAAAAGCACAGGGAAAUUCCGUCGGCGCCGAAUACAUCAUUAUGGAAAAGGCACCCGGCGUUUCACUUCAAUCCGUGUGGCCCAGGAUGAAAAUGAAGAAUCGAAGCACGCUCGUCAGGAACAUCUUCAAACUCAAUUCUUCUUGGUCGUCCGUUUCGUUUCGAAAAUUUGGAAGUCUGUAUUACACGGAUGAUAUAGAGACUAACAGAGAGUGUUUGUAUACUGACGCAAACGGUAUUGAGGUCAUGAAUGAAAAGUUCGCUGUCGGUCCAGCUACUGGCCGAGAUUAUGUGGACUAUGGUAAAAUAAACGUCGAGUUUGACAGAGGGCCAUGGGACACAAUCGAUAAAUACCACACCGCAGUUGGACUACGAGAAAUUGCUGCAACUCAACAGCUGCCCCACCUACCCAAAUCACCUAUUAUUCUCAGCGGUCCAGGAACCUACACUCCAUCAAAAGAGAAAAAGCUGAAGGUACUUGAGUACUAUCUUAAGCUCGUUCCGUUGCUUCUUCCCCCCCAGAACUCUCUUCCAUCGGCUCACCAUGCCUCUGGCACACCGAUCUCCACGUUGGAAAUGUAUUUGUGGACCCCGAAGACCCUAAUCAUCGACUAUCAGGGGCCAGCAUUUACCGGAAUUGAACGACCUGUGAUGCCGGACACGAAAGAUAUGGAGCCUGAAGAAAAAAGAUGGGUGAUGUCCGAAUUUUGGGAAAGGACGUUGUGUGCUGUGUAUAACAACUGGGCUCACCGUGACGACCAACGUAUCUACGCCGCGCUCGAUUUCCAACAAACAGAUGCGUAUACCUUACUAGUUGUGGCACGAAAUAUGCUAUUGGACGGCGAUAUUAGCUUUAUGAAUCAUGUCAUUGACCUCAAAAACACAUGGCACAAUCUUCCUAGCUCUCCGAAGGAGCCAUAUCCAUUUACUUUCUCACCAGAGGAGAUGCAGGAAAUUCUGGCUGAUUUUGAGGCGUGGAGGAAAGCUUUCCAGACUAUGGAUCGUGUGAAAGACGCUGUUGGCCCGUUGUUUCCCAAUGAGGGCGCUAUCAAACAUGAGCUCUAUGACGAGGCCGUUAGGGCGUUGACGCAAGUCAGAGAUGCUGUCAUCGAAGAGUAUGCGACGAACGAGACAGAGAAGGAAAUUUGGAUUAGGGAGUGGCCCUUUGGAACCUGA